AUGCGUUUCCCGUUGAUCCUGAUGCUUCUGGCUACGGUGCUGGGGGUAGCCUAUGCGGAUAGACAGAAGCUACGAAGCCGUCGGGAUUUUAUCGGCUGCCAGAGGGACAGCGACUGUCGCCAGAAUGAAGAAUGCGUAUGGUACAGCCACACGUCACGUCAGUGCGAGGCGAGAGGCCGAAAACGUCGCGACACCGUCGAAUGCGUUGUUGACGACGACUGUGAUAGCGCCCCGGCAAAAUGUAUCAAGUUUAGCGACGGUGACGGCGCUGAAUCGUCCCGAUGUGUGCCGUUUGAGAAAAACAUGCGUUUCUUGGUGAUCCUAAUGCUUGCGGCUACGGUGGUCGGCUUGGCCUAUGGGGAAGACGAAAAGUCUCGAAAGCGCCGAAACUUUAUCGAGUGCUCGCACGACGGCGAUUGCGGCAGGAACCAAAUUUGCGAAUGGUCGGAGAAUGGCCUGGGCGCCCGAUGGAGUCGAUGUGUCGAUGGCGAAAAGCCCCGAAGUCGUCGUGGCGCUGUGUCGUGCCGUCAGGACAGCGAGUGCUGGAAAUAUGGCCCGAAUUCAAGAUGCGCGGUGUUGGGCGGAGAUUUGUGGGGCAACGGUGUAUGCGUCGGC